AUGGUUUCCGCGGAGGUCGCCGCUGCUCGAAUAGCAUACGCAACUAGUAAAGUUGCAUACACUGUUGAACGAAACACUAAAUCAGUUUCAUCCUAUACGUCAGAAAUUACAGAAUUAUAUCAGCGCAAAAAGAAGAAUGUCUUUGAUGAAAUAACGGAAUUUGAAGUACUUUCAUCUAAAAAUGAUCCCUUUGCGAAAGUACUCUCGAACAUUACGAAGGGGUCACCCGUAUCGAUAAUCACCCCUGCAAAGUACUUACUCUCUGCUAUUCCACAUUUGUACAAACUAGCGAAUGGCAAAUCGGCUGUCGUUAUCCAUGCUGUUGUCGAACGCAACAGUGCCAAUGAUCUUGGAGACUACACUCACAUCAUGGCUGUCAGACAGACAGGCUGUGCAUUGAUAGCAUCAAAUGGUGGACAGGACUCUGCAGAUACUGCGUUAAUUGCACACGGAUUAGCAAUAAAGAGCGGAAACCCUGUCGUACACUUCUUUGAUGCUGCUACUUCGAGGGUAAGCGACGACAAGAUCGAAAGCUUCUCGAAAGAAGUUAUUGCGAAAUUUGUUGCAGAGGCUGGUAUUGAUAAAUACCGCACGGAAUCGAAUGACGGGCAGAAUGUUGAACUAUACCUCAGAACAAUCGAAAGUGCUAAUGGUCAAGAACAACCUAAUGCCACUGAUUUUUCUGAACUUGCUGAACAGAUUUUCACACAAUUCAAGGAGAAAACUGGUAGAUUGUACAAACGGAUAGAAUGCUCGGGUAAUAAAAACGCAGAGACGGUAAUCGUGUCCUUGGGUUCCGGAGUGAGACUUCUACGACAAGCGUUGAAACACCAGCCCGAGUUGAAGAUUGCUCUAUUCAGCGUUAGGCUCUAUCGUCCGUGGUCAGAUAGCAAAUUUUUGGCAGAAAUACCGCGGAAUACCAAGAGGGUUGCUGUUGUAGAACAAGUAUCGAAGCGUACUACAAAAUGGUCCCCGUUGUAUCUGGAUGUCAUAUCAUCCUUUGAGAAUCAGGAUCUAUGGAAACAUAGCAUACCUACCGUUAUUAAUGCACAAUACGGUAAUUUGGAUGCAAACACAUCUGUCAACUCAAUAGAAAAUUUUAUCGGAAAUCUGUCUUCGGCUACUGCUUCAAAGAUCGUUACUAUUGGCAAAGAAUCAUCUGAAUUAAGCACGCAAGCUACCAACGGUCAUUCAAUCCAAUCACCACCCGCACUAGAACUAGCUUAUCUCAAAAUGCUUGAGGAAGUAUUUGGUAACCGUCUGUACAUAGCCAACGCAAUGACGCAACCGACAGUGGGCCAUCUUGGUGAAAUGAAAUCUACGCCUGAAUUUGGCUUUGGUGUAUUGUUGAGUAGAUUGCAACGUCGCGCAGAAUUCAUUGAUCUUGUAUCUCGCGCUGUAAAAAGUACGUCAAUACCUAUGCCGGAGCCGCUCCACAUUGCCUUGACCCAAUGGAUAAUGCACAAGAACAAUGCUAAUUUAGCAAAGAAACAUGGAGACACUUCUAUUGAGUUACUGUUAAGUUUGUACAAAAAAAAUGCUUUACUAGGAGAUAUAUACAACCGUCGAAAUCAAUUUCUUAAACCGGCCAACUGGCUUGUGGGAUCGGACGAUUGGUCGUAUGAUAUCGGCAAUUCAGGUGUUCAUCAUGUUAUCUCGUCUGGAAAGAACAUCAAUAUGCUUAUUAUCGAUUCACAACCAUACACCUCCCGCACCGCCGCUGAUCCUGAAAAACGUAAAAAGGACAUUGGUUUAUACGCGAUGAAUUAUGGAAACGUUUAUGUAGCAGCCGUCGCUGUCUAUUCCUCAUAUACGCAAGUGUUACACGCUUUGAUGGAAGCAGAAGAUUUUGAUGGUCCUUCUAUUGUUCUGGCAUAUCUACCGUAUCAUAGUGAAAACGAUUCUUCAAUAACGGUGCUAAAGGAAACGAAACUCGCCGUAGACACUGGCUAUUGGCCGCUCUACAGAUGGAAUCCUGCAUUAGAAGCACAAGGCAAAGAACCAUUUACACUCGAUUCUGAACGCAUCAAACAGGAACUGAAGUCAUUUUUAGAUCGCGAAAACUAUUUGACGCAGUUAGUGAAGUCACGGCCUGAACUAGCAACAACGUUAGCGUCCUCGCUAGAGUCGGACGUAGCCAAUCGUCAACGAACAUUGGCAAAGUCUGCCUACGAUAAAUUACUUGGCGGGCUUACUGGUCCUCCAUUGGUGAUAUUGUAUGGAUCCGAUAAUGGUAAUGCAGAGGGUAUUGCAAGGAGAUUGCAGAAAGGCGCCAAAGCGCGUGGUAUUAACGCUCGUUGUAUGGCAAUGGAUGACUACCCUAUCGAGGAAUUAUCGGCUGAGAAGAACGUCGCAAUUGUAACCAGCACGGCAGGACAAGGCGAAUUUCCACAGAACGCACGCGAAUUUUGGAAACAUAUUUCGUCCACCACUGAUAUAUCCCUUGGUGAAACAAGCUACGCGGUGUUUGCUCUUGGUGACAGUCACUACUGGCCACGAGCAGAAGAUGCCAUAUACUAUAAUAAACCCGGCAAAGAUCUCGAUAAUCGUUUGGAACUUCUCGGCGGACAAAGACUCCUUCCGGUAGGAAUGGGGGAUGAUCAAGAUCCUGAUGGGUAUGAAACUGGUUUUCAAGCAUGGGAACCUGAACUUUGGAAGGCACUCGGCGUUGAAUUGCUUGGAACGGUCGUGGAAGAACCAAAGAAGUCAGAUGAUGAUUUGAAAAUAAAGUCCAACUACUUGAGGGGAACAAUUCUCGAGGGUCUUGAAGAUACAUCGACCGGCGCAUUGGCAGAACAAGAUACUAAAUUGACCAAGUUCCAUGGAAUAUAUCAGCAGGAUGAUCGCGAUCUUAGAGAUGAGAGAAAGGCGCAGGGAUUAGAAAAGGCAUUCAUGUUUAUGGUGCGUGUUCGUGUUCCUGGAGGCGUUUCUACUUCUGAACAGUGGCUUGCUAUGGAUGAAAUCGCUGAUAAACAUGCAAACGGUACUUUGAAAAUCACUACUCGGCAAGCUUAUCAACUCCACGGAGUCAUCAAACGUAAUCUCAGAAAUACCAUACGUGACAUCAAUAAGUGUUUGUUGGACACAUUGGCUGCUUGCGGUGAUGUUAACCGUAAUGUUAUGUGUAAUCCUAAUCCACAUUUAUCCCAAUUGCAUGCAGACAUUAAUGACUUUGCGCAUAAAAUAAGUGCUCACCUUACACCACGUACAUCUGCGUAUCAUGAGAUAUGGCUCGAUGAUAAAGUUGUUGCUGGGAAUGCAGUGCAAGAUUAUGAACCUUUGUAUGGUUCAACAUAUCUUCCCCGAAAAUUCAAAAUAGCAAUCGCGGUUCCACCCAGUAAUGACGUGGAUGUAUUUGCUCACGACUUGGGUUACAUCGCUAUUGCUGAUAAAAAUGGCAAAUUAGCUGGAUAUACAGUAACAGUUGGGGGCGGCAUGGGCAUGACGCAUAACAACAAGAAAACGUACCCGAGACUGGCUGAACCAUUAUGUUUCUGUACACCAGAGCAAGCGAUUGAUGUUGGAGAGAAAGUCAUGCUCGUACAACGUGAUUUUGGUGAUCGGAUUAACCGUAAGCACGCCCGUCUGAAGUAUACAAUUGAUGAUCACAGUUUGGAAUGGUUCCGUGAGGAAGUCGAAAAUAAGUUGGGUUAUAAACUGCAACCACCUCGUGAGUUUACUUUCGAUAGUAACGCAGACAGAUAUGGAUGGACUAAGGGAGCCAAUGAUAACUGGAAUUUCUGCAUGUAUAUCGAGAAUGGACGCGUUAAAGAUGAGCCCGGAGCUCUGUUCAAGACAGGCUUGCGUGAAAUUGCAAAAGUCCACAAGGGCGAUUUCAGACUGACUCCGAAUCAGCAUCUAGUCUUGGGCAAUAUUUCACCGGUAGCCAAGCCACAGAUCGAAGGUUUGUUGAAGGAGUAUAAACUGGAUAAUCUUCAAUAUACGGGCGUACGAUUGAAUUCGAUGUCUUGCGUGGCUUUACCAACAUGUGGUCUUGCUAUGGCCGAAGCUGAGAGAUAUCUACCGACACUUGUUGAGAAGAUCGAGUCGAUCGUUGAGGACGUUGGAUUGGGUAAAGAUGCAAUUACUAUUAGAAUGACGGGAUGUCCUAAUGGAUGUGCACGCCCAUAUGUUGCCGAGAUUGCAUUCGUAGGUAAAGCACCUGGCACGUACAAUGUAUAUCUAGGGGGCGGACAUCACGGACAGAGACUCAACAAGUUAUAUAAAGAGAGUUUGAAGGAAAGUGAAAUUUUGAAAGAGUUGAAACCUAUUCUAACCAGAUACGUUAAAGAGAGGGAAGACGGAGAGAAGUUUGGUGAUUUUGUUAUUAGGAUAG